UUUUUAUAGAUUUUCAAAACUCAUCAGAUUCUCCCAUCCAUCUGCAACUCGGAAAUCAACACACGCUAGUUAAAACUGUAGACAUCGAAGUAUUUAAUAAAAUUUCAAAUAAAGAAUCUCACCAGAAAUUUCAAAGUCAACAAAACCAACGAAUUUUAUCAAAAUAUUCUCAUCAAUCCAAUUGACCUUAAAUUGUCAUCACUGUAAUCGUCAUAAAAAUUAAGGACAUCAUAUGAAAAUAUUUUAACAGUCGCUAUAAAAAGAGUCUUCUUGACACAUUCACGCGACCAUCAUCAAUUUGGAAUUUUCAUUGCAUAAUAAAAAUAUUUUUCAACCCAGUUAAGGAUACAAAUACAGCAUAAAUAUGAGUCAGUUAACAGAAAAGACAGAAAAUGUGACGCCCAACAGGCUCGUCUCUCUAAAGGUCCUCGUUUUCUUAUUCUUUGGAGCUCUCCAAUGCAUGUAUGCCUUCCUACCCCACCACAUGGAAUAUCUUGGAUUUACAAAAUAUGACAUUCGUCUGAUUACAUUAGCAUCCGCACUUGUUUCAAUAAUUGGUCCAUUAAUAAUAGGUUUUAUCCUUGAUCGAAUAUCAAUCAAAAGACCGUCAGCUUAUGGAAAAUGGCUUCGAGUUCUUCUCUUUAUUUUCUUUAUCCUUGCUGGGAUUUUCUUUGGAUUAUUGCUCUUAGUGACUCCAGCUGGUUUGACAGAAAUUGAAAGUGUUGAUGAAACUGUCACAUUUUCAUGUCGUGACGAUGGCGGAUAUGUUUAUGUCAAAAAGAACUUAACAGAAGGACAAUGCAAGAAUUUGGAAGGCAAAAUUGGUGAAUUGAAGCUUCUUAAAUGUUCAUACACGUGUGAAUCACCUGAAAAUUUCAAAGAUUUCUCACAACGAUCAAAAUUACAAGAAGAUCCAUCGAAAAAAUCUGUAGACACAAAAUCAAAUCAGGUAGAGUCUGAUGAAAAUGCAUCAACUGAUUACAUCGAAGAUUAUAGUGAAUUAACGGGACCUGAACCAGCAGCCUUAACACAAGAACCAACUUCACCACCUCUUAUCCCACCACCACAUAUUUGCUUGUCAAACACUGAAUUUGGACAUUGUCAUGUUUAUCUCAACGAGAGUGUUAUUAUACUGCCGGAUAUGAAAGCUGCUAAGUGGGAUGCCAAUAAGACUAAUGAUUUCAAUGAGGAUUGGUGCAAGCAUCCAUUAGAAAGUUUCAACUGUCAAGUACCAGAGCAACAAGUCCAAUGGAUGAAGCUUCUCAAUUUUGCUAGAGAAAAUUUCACAUGUACGCCAGCAGUUGAAUGCCACAUUAGUGAUCCAUUUGGAAAGGAAUCAAUUCUUCGAUUCAUCGACAGAACUCAAAAAUACAGUGGAGAACCAAUUCCAUAUGAAGUUUAUGUCCCACUUAGAGUAAUUGCUGAACUAUUCCCGGUCAUCAUUCACAUGCUGCUUAAUAUUGCUAUAAUUAUUGCCACUCGUGAGACUUCUAUUGGACGUGGAAAUGUUGGACAUCAAUGGGCUUUCUAUCCAAUUGGUUUAUUAGUCUUUGCAUCUGUUAUUGGAUUACUUAAUCAUGCCUUCGCUGAUGAUACAAAUAGAUAUUUGGUUCCUAUUUUGACAUUCUCAAUUACAAUGUUUAUUUGUGCUAUUGUUGUAUUGUUUUCUGGCAAACUUCCUUUAACACCAUCCGAUUGGUGGUGGCACACAAAGUGUGGAAUGCUUGCAAUUCCAAUGUCAGCAUUGAAACGUUACAAAUGGGUCAUUGCAGCUAUCGCAACUGUAUCAUUCAUCCUUGGUGGAUUGUGGCAUAUUCAAGAAGUUUAUCGUCAUCUCUUUACAAUAGAUUUAAUUGAAUAUGCAAUCAUUGAGAAUGGAGUAUGGAGAAACAAGACAUUUGUUUACAUUAUUGGAUCAAUUUUGGCAAUUCCAUUGAUUUGGAAUGGCGAAAAGAUUGUUGACUGCUUAGGACACUCAAAUAUUUUCAUUCUCGCUUUUGUGAGCUUUGCAUUGAGAUUUGCUGGACUUUACUUUGAUCAUGAAACGAGCUACACGACACUUUAUGAAAUUUUGGAACCACUGUCAUUUUAUCUUCCAGUGCUUGCUUUAAUUCUCUUUACACGCCAUUUAAUUCCAAAGAAACUUUUAGCUUUAGGUCAAGGUCUUCUUGUCAUCCUCUUCUUUGCUUUGGGACGUGCAUUCGGUUUCUUUUAUGGAACUUCUAUCAUUUCUGAUGACAAGAACAACAAAUACAUUUAUGAGACACCAGAAGCUAAUCAUGAAACUGAAUUGAAUGACUUCCAAACAAUUUACACUGUUGGAGCUACAAUUGCAUGCAUUGCAGCUAUUAUAUACUUUACAAUUUAUCAUUGCAUACUGCUGCCUUAUUAUCAUGUUCCAACAAAUCGAUUGGGAACCAGCACAGAAUCGAAUGUCUCACCACAACGUGUGUUCCAUGAUGAAAGAAGCCGCAAAGGCUACUUCCGGUAUUAAAUUGAAUUUUUCUUUUAAUCUAAGAUUUCAUUAAAUUGUGCAACUUUAAUCAGUCAUCGAA